AUGUGCAUUGUUUGGGUAUUUGCGCUGCUUUCGGUAGUUGGUGCUGGUUUAGCGGUACCGCUUAGCCAGACCAUUGGCGAAGACCCUGAGCUGAUAGCUGGCUACUUUCAAGGCGAUAUUGUGCUGAGUUAUUCGGAUCGCAAUGGAUUACGUAACGAAAUUCGACGCUGGCCUAACAGCACUGUCUAUUACAAAUUCAACGAUGGGGUUUUCGAUGCGGCGCAUCGUAAUCAUAUUUUGCGAGGCAUGCGAAUCUUGGAGGAGGUUUCAUGCAUCCGCUUUAAGAAAGCCACUGCAGACCAGAAGUAUUAUGUGAAUAUCACCAACAAUAAAGGCGGAUGUUAUUCGAAUGUUGGUUGGUUGAACCGCAUUCAAACGUAUAAUCUUCAGCCUCAUGCUUUGAAUACCGGUUGCUUCCGUCUCGGCACAAUCGUACAUGAGUUCCUACAUACCCUCGGAUUUUUCCACAUGCAGAGCGCUGCGAAUCGUGAUGAAUAUGUGCGCAUCGCAACUGAAAACAUUCGUCCUGGCAAAGAGAAAAGUUUCAAAAAAUACGAAGAAGGCUUUGUCGAUGAUUUCGAUGAGGAAUACGAUUAUGGUAGUGUGCUACAUUAUUCAGCGUAUGCGUUCUCGGUAAAUGGUAAAAUGACUAUAGUACCGUUAAAGGAUGAAGCGGUCGGUUUUAUGGGUCAGCGACGUGGUUUGAGCAAAAGUGAUAUCAAUAAAUUGAAUAAAAUGUAUCGCUGUCCGUUAACAAUUUAA